UUUCACUAACAUAAACAACUUACAUGCUUUGAUCCAUAUCUAACCCCCAACCCCAUAAUAGAAAUUUUGUAAGACUAGAAUUUUCUCCAACAUAAACAACUUUUACAUGCUUGCAUAUCUACCCCAAACUCAUCCCAUAAAAUAAAACCACAACCAAGUCAAGAUGUUUCUCAGGUAAUUAACAAUUUAUCAUUUUCAUUUGAUGCGGGGGUUUACCAACUCACAUGACUUUAGUUCACUGGUUUUUCAUUCAGUCCAAAUCCAUUUUUUACCUGCUCCACAGCCAAGUCACACUUAAUCUUUAACUAAUACAAAUCUAAACUAACCUCACAACAUACCCCGUGUUUCUCUUCUCUCUUCUUUACCUUGUACCAGAAAAAUAAAUAAAUAAAUAAAAUUCAAAAAUCUCAAAGUCACAGCCAUGGAAACCAGUAGUUCCACCAUUAAACAGAAAUGGAAGCUUUGUGCAUUUGCUAGCAUCAUAGGCUGCUUCAUCCUAAUGCUCUGUCUUAACGAAAACCACAACAGUGUUAGACUCCUCGCUUUUCAAAACAAAAAUACAACAAACAUAAUAUCGUCCCUGGAACCAUCAAGCUUCAUUGAAAAUGGGAAACCUAUAAACGGAACUAAAAGCAUAGGCCAUUGCAAUAUCUUCGAUGGGAGAUGGGUUUACAAGCCAAUUGACAGCCCACCACUAUACGAUGAAUUUCAGUGUCCAUUCAUUGGUGAUCAAGUAAGCUGCCAGAGAAAUGGACGGCCAGAUUUUGACUACGAGAAUUGGAGUUGGGAAGCCAACGACUGUGAGAUUCCUAGGUUUGAUGGGAAAGACUUGUUAGAGAGGCUUAGAGGGAAGAGGGUGAUUGUAGUUGGAGACUCCCUCAACAGAAACCAAUGGGAGUCUCUUGCUUGCCUCCUUUAUUCUGUUAUUCCAUCCUCAAGAGCCCAUAUACAUGUUCAAAAUGGUCUCCACAAACUCUUUGUGGCAAAGGACUAUAACUGUUCUGUGGAAUUCCAUUGGAGCCCAUUUCUGGUGCAACUAGACACAAGCCAAGCCAAUGGCACUAAAGUUCUAAGGCUAGACAAACUUGUCACCUCGGCUGAGCGUUGGCGAGGUGCUGAUAUCAUGGUAUUUAACACCGGUCACUGGUGGGUGCACCGCGGCAAGUUUAGGGCGUGGGACUUGUUUGGAUACAGGGGAGAAUUGGCCAAAGAGAUGGAUAUAGAAUCAGCAGUUGAGAUGGGUAUGAAAACUUGGGCUCAAUGGAUUGAUGACAAUGUCGACUCCACAAAAACAAUUGUGUUUUUCAGGAGUAUUUCUCCGGAACACAAAGGGAAGUAUUGGUGUUACAAUGUGACACUACCCAUCAUGGAUGAGGAGUCCUAUGCAGGAGAUUCAUUUCCAAAGCCAGUGAUAGAGGUUGUUGAGAGGACAAUCAGAGGAAUGAAAACACCGGUAAAGUACUUGAACAUCACGAAGCUGUCGGAAUACAGGAGAGAUGCACAUCCGACGGUGUAUGUGGCAAAAAAAGAGAAGCAACAACCGGUUGUCGAUUGCAGCCACUGGUGCCUGCCUGGACUGCCAGAUACAUGGAACAGGCUAUUGUAUGCUCUUUUGGUCUUUAACACCUCUAGAGACACUGGUGCUGGUAGUUCCUCACAUGGGCUGGUUUGAGCCCCUGUUACUGGAUAUCCAAGGAAACAUAAUCCAACAAUUGAAUUGCUUUGGACCAUUUCUAGCAUAUGUUUGGAUCUCAUUUUUCCCUUGUUUUUUUUCCUCCACAAUUUCUUCCUCAAAUCCAAGAUCCACACACACACACCUUAGUGGCCAGGCUGACUAAUAUAGCCGGAAUGUGUAGAAGUAGCGAUCUUAUAAACCAUUGACUCAAAGAGAAAAUCAUAAUUAAGAUUCUUCUCUAAACUCA